ACACGUGAAAAGGCUGCUAAAAGCUGAAGAUUUAAUAUCAUAACUGAUAGACACAAUGGAUAAAAGAUAACGCUAAAUAUAAUACGGAUUUUCAGAACUAACUCCUAGUGAAUGACACAACCCUUCAAACUGACAGUUUAACAUGCAGAUGAAAAUGGAAGCCAUGGCAUCUGAUACUCAUGAUGAACAUUCCUCAAUAAAAAUGGAUCUCAGCUUUUUCAAAGCACAAUUAGCAACAAUUGACCGUUCAGUGUUCAGCACAGAUUCAAUGGACCUUGAAGAAUCUGAUUCAUCAGAUGAAUAUCAAAUGACACAAACAAGUAAAAAACAAGAAAGGAACCAAAAAUUUAAAAAGUUGUCAUCACAAAAGCAACAGGAACCAGAACAGGAAAAUGAAGAGCCAGGCAGCAAACUGAAAGAAAAACAGAAGCACAAAAACUCCAAGAUGAGUAAGCAGAGAAAGAUAAAAACUGAUGCUCGUCUGGUAAACGUAAUCACCCCACGGCAGGAAGAACUGCAACAGAAGCUUCGGGCAAGGAUAGAGGAGCUACAAGGUAAAAGAGGACUUAGUGUUGAUGAACAGAAAGAAAAGAAGAAAUUGAAGAGAAAAGAGAGCCUUCUGAAAAAUAAACUGAGAAAAAAGUUUGAAAAACAAAAUAAAAACAAAGGAAACCUGGCAGUGAAACAAGAGGAAGUGGUAAAUGGGGUUGUAGGGAGUCCGAAAUCUAAACCAGCCAAACCUGUCUACAACAAAGAAGGAAAGCUGGUGUUUAGCAAAUUUGACUUUACAGAAGCAGCAGGGAAAGAUAGGGGUAAAAGUAACCUGUUGGGAAAGGACUAUAAAAGACUUCUUGAAAAAAUCGAAAAGCGACAGGAACGAGUUGACAAAGUGAAGGAAAAAGAUGCAGAGAAAGGAAAAGACAUGGAGACCAAGAUGGCAUGGGAGAGUGCCAUGUAUAGAACCCAAGGGCAAAAGGUCAAAGAUGACCCUGCUCUUGUAAAGAAGUCAAUGAAAAGGAAAGAAAAAAUGAAAAAACAAAAACAAAAGCAGUGGUCUCAGCGAGAAGAACAGGUGAAAAAGAGGAUGGAUGCAAAAAUCGAAAAACGUACACAAAAUAUUCAAGAGAGAAAACAGCAAAAGAAGGACAAAAAAUUAAAAAGGGCAAAGAAAAAGGGUCGACUUGUUGCAGGAUUUUGAUCUCACCUGUUUGUGCAGUAAAUUUUAUUGAGUAGCUACAACCAGUGGAGGACAUACCACGGUCAUUGUAACAAACUGAACAUUGAAUGGUCCUGAAGUCUGACCAUUAAUUAUUUUUGUGUCAAGUGGUUCUUCAUUGCCAGAGACUUUAAUGCAAAAAAAGAUUUUGUAAUAAGACUAAUGAAUCAGGAAAAAUUGUUUCUAUAAUUAAUCGUUCAAUCUGCAAUCAGAAUGGUUAUGUAUUAUUGUUGGGCUUCUAAAUAAUUAUACUAUUUGAUCAUUAACAUUUGCAUUGGUCAUCUGCAAUAAAUGAGUUUUAGGGAAGUG